AUGUCUCGUCGCGGCGUCGGCCUCGGGGCCUUUGUGAACCGUAAUCAGACAACUCAAUCUUAUGCCACCCACGGCGCUAACCUACGAUCCACGCAUACGGCCUCUCUCCAGACCCAGCUCUCCGUGUUUCAAUCGUUGCUACAUACCUUCGCUCUCGAACACAGUUCCACUAUCAAGUCAAAUCCUAUCUUCCGCGCAGAGUUUGCGCGUAUGUGUAACACAAUAGGUGUUGAUCCCCUUGCCGCAAGUAACAUCAAAGGCAAGAAUGGCCGACGCGGGCUCGGCGAGGGAGGCAGUUUCUGGACCCAGAUUCUGGGUGGUGACAUGAAUGACUUCUACUUUGAAGUUGCUGUCCGGGUAGUAGAGUUGUGUCGAGAAACGAGGAGUGAGAACGGCGGGUUGCUUGGCGUUGAGGAAUGCCGAACGCGCGUGGGCAAAGGAAAGGCGAUCGGAAGUGGCCUGGAAGUUUCCGAGGACGAUAUCCUCCGCGCCGUUCGCUCCUUGGAACCUCUCGCCUCCGGCUUCUCUAUCGUUCGUGUUGGCUCCAAGCAAUACAUUCGUUCCAUCCCCAAAGAACUCAACACCGACCAAGCUAUAGUUCUAGAAGCAAUCCAGGUGCUGGGCUUCGUUAGCGUGUCAAUGUUGCGGCUAAAUCUUAAAUGGGAAAAGGCCCGAGCGCAAACUGUGAUCGACGACCUGCUGGCCGACGGGCUCGUCUGGUUGGAUGCCCAGGGACCUGAGAAGGAGUACUGGUCGCCUCAAAAUCUGCUUGAUGAUAGCGGAUGA